AUGGCUGGCUACGCGGAUCCCGACACGCAAAUGGGCGGAGGACCAGGUCAAUACGCAAAUCAGAAUGGCACACCACCGGCGCAGCAACACCAAUUGACGGACCCUGAACUGCGCCUACAAGAGAACCUACAGCAGCUGCGCGAGGGUGGGGACAUGAUGCAUCCAGCCGGUCCGCAGCAACCGCAGUACCAACAGAUGGCUCACAUAGGACCCGCCAUGGGCGCGCAUCAGCACUUCGCAGGACCGACACGCCCAACGCAUUCUCCACAACAAAUGGCGCAACACGUCAUGAACAUGGAGAGACAUCACGAUCCGUAUGAUCCCAACGACCCGAAUCGCAAACGAUCCAAGGUGUCGCGUGCCUGCGACGAAUGCCGAAGGAAGAAGAUUCGAUGCGACGCAACCAGUGAGAACGGCCCGGAAGCUUGCUCUAGUUGUAAAAGAACCGGCGCGCGCUGUCAGUUCAGCCGUCAACCCAUGAAGCGCGGACCUAGCAAAGGUUACAUCAAGGAGCUAGCCGACCGACUCAAUUCGCUCGAAAGCCAGAUACAUCAUCCUCCUGCCCAGUCACACAACUUCGACUUUGGGACCCUAGGUGACCAGUCGUUCCCCGACACACAGAGCCCACCGCAAUUCAAGCGCCAGCGAACUCACUCGAUGACGGAUGGAUUCCACGACGCUUUCAGCCGACCCAACUGGACCGUUCAGGACCGCGGGAACAGCGGAUCUGUAGACCCACAUGGUCUGCCUAUGCUAGCAGACCAAGAAUCAUCGCUAAACGGCAAUCGUCGUACUUCGUUUGGAGACAUGAGUCUAGGUGGCAGCUUGAUCACUGGCUCCCACGAAGAGAUUCUCAAAGCAUAUUACAACAUCAUUCACCCCACACUACCUGUCUUACCACAUCACGAAUCGCAAUUAAAUCGCCUUACAAACUGUCCGUCGAAGCUACGGGAGGCAUUUUUUUUGUCACUAGAAGGCUGCAUCCGAUCCAUUGCCUCGAAGGCUCUGCCGCCUGUCGAGAUCAGCCUUAACCAGCUACUACAACAAUGCUUUACUUCUGUCGAUGCGGCCAACUAUUGCCUCCACGACACAGACAGCUCAAGACAGUUUUACAAUCAUUUGGUGUACUGCCAGUCAAUGAUUCUGCUUGCUGCAGCGUCUGACAGACCGAGCCCAGGCGUCAUAGGCAGCACAACAGGACUGCUGGGCCGCAUCUCAGCCUGUAUUGCUGACGCAGCGAUCAACGACUCGAGGACAUUGGCUACAAUGAAAGAGCAAGACCUUGAAGUAUAUCAGACAGCACGUCGCGUGUAUUGGACUGCAUUAAUUCUAGAUCGCUUCCAUGGCUCUAGUCGAUCAAAGGACAUGAUGAUUCGAAGGUAUUCUGGGACUCUUUCGCGCGACGACUACACAGCUCUGGGCGAAGUCGGCUACUACCUUGCCCGUACUGCCUUAAUUGUCGGCCGAAUAGCCUACGUGAACCGCGCAGGAAGUGUUCCAAAUGUGGAAUCAUCGGCUCCCUUUGCCUUUUCAGCACUCAAACCUGGGACCGUAGAAUCAGAAUAUCUCAACGGGGCACUAGACGAAGUCAAACAGUCCAUCGAUCUGACGACCUUGACGCGCAACUCCCCUCCUCACUUGGCGCAUCAGUAUCUCAGAGUGUUCAUCGCGCGGCUUUCGUUGCAAAACAUACCUUCUGCGGAAGUUUUCGACGCCACCAAGGAACUGCUCAGUAAUUUGACAAGCGGCGCGAUAACUCCUUUGCACCACAUUUUCGCCGCUCUAGUGGCUACGUCUCUUACCGAACUGGCCGAUCGAGCCGAGAUGCAAGCUGAGGCAAACGCAAGCAUCAAGGAGAUGAACGAUGCGCUGUCAAACGGUCAGAUCAUACAUCGCAGCUCCGAUGGUCUGGGUUGGGAAACAGCGAUUGGGGAAUUGCUCCAGAAGAAGAAGUCUUCUACCCCCCCUUAUACUGGUCCAGAGCAAGCCAGUCCUGCGCUAGAACCCAACAUGGCCGGACUGCAACACCUUGCUGCAGCUGCGGUUGGAGAACGUGAAUCAACUGGUGAUAACCGUCCUGGCAGCUCUUCCCAGCUGAAGGUCGACAAUGACCUCUCAGCUGCCAUGGCUGCUGCUAAUGAGGCAGCCAAGGCGCAAGCCCAGGCGACUGCUGCUGCUGCUCAGGACCUGUUCCACUAA